CUCUUUCAGUGCUGCACCCCAUCCUCUUCCUCCUGAGCUGAGAUAUGGAAGCCCGCACCGUCCCCCACGCGUACCCCAUGAGUGUGGAGUACGAGCUGGCUUCACCCAGCCGUAUCUAUGAUCAGAACUUCGGAGAAGGUCUGACUCCACAGGAUAUUUUGGCUCCUACCCUGUACCACGGCUACUACAUCCGACCCCGGAUCAAUAAGCAGCUGGAGCGCGGCUUCUCGGAGGUGGACAUCAGGGACGACAGGUUCCAAGUGCUGCUGGACGUGUGCCACUUCACCCCGGACGAGCUGUCGGUGCGCACCGUGGACAACCUGCUGGAGGUGAGCGGCAGACACGCUCAGCAAGUGGACAAGCACGGCUUCGUGAGCCGCGAGUUCACUCGCACGUACAUCCUGCCCAUGGGCGUGGACCCGCUGCUAGUGCAGGUGACGCUCACCCACGACGGGAUCCUCAGCGUGCAAGCGCCUCGCAAGGGCCCGGAGCCCAGAGCCACCGUCCACGCCAUCGAGAUCCACGUGGAGCCGGAGGAAAGGAAGGCAUGAGUGAAAAAAAGAGAAAACACUUGCAUGUGCAGAGUCUCUGCACAGCAUCCCUGUGUGAUGGGUUAUUAACUUGAAACAGCAGUUGCAUGUGCAGAGUCUCUGCACAGCAUCCCUGUGUGAUGGGUUAUUAACUUGAAACAGCAGUUGCAUGUGCAGAGUCUCUGCACAGCAUCCCUGUGUGAUGGGUUAUUAACUUGAAACAGCAGUUACAUGUGCAGAGUCUCUGCACAGCAUCCCUGUGUGAUGGGUUUUAUUUUUACUGUCUGGAGUAUUAUUUUUUUCCCCAUUAUGUUAUUUACAAGUACAUUUUAGUAAACCCUUUGAUAUAUUUUCUAAAAACCCUCAAAAAAAUGUGAGCAAAAAAAUAAAUAAAACUGUGCCCCAGA